GUAAUUUUUGAAAUCAAAUUGUGAAGACAGAAGAGGCGGGCAGCCUAACAGAGAAAGGGCCAUCUGCUUUAGAAAAAAACAAAAAACGACACAGUUUCCCGUUUUGAAGAACGUUAAAGAGAAAACUCAAAUUCUUGGAAAAUUGCGGUAGUGAAAGAAUGCAAUCAGCUGCACAGUAAUAACGUAUAGUGGGAAGAGACCGAAAUGGUAGCUGCCAAGGGAAAAGUUCAAUUGGGAGUCAAUCCAGCCACUGAGUGUCAUAGGACUGACGAGAAAGUUAGGAAUUUUAAGGUUUAUCCGGAUAAUGAAAAGAUUAAAGUUGAUGUCAGUAGACUAUCUAUUCGAGAGAGUGCUGUGUCUGCAAGAAGGAUAUCUGUACCCCUUAAAAUAGGAGCCCUUCCGACAACUGCAAGUGAUUUAAAGGGGGGUUCAAAAUUUGAAGUGAAGACCAAAGGCAAGUCUGUUAGUUCUGCAAUUCAAGAUGUCAAUGUCCGAAGAAAACCAUUGGCUGAUUUAAGUAACAAGCAAAGCGCAUUCUCGAGGAAUGUUGAUGGCUUCAAACCACUAAGGAUAUUAGGCCCACAUAAAAAAGGAGCUCCUCUGACGAAUGCAAGUGAUUCAAAGGGGGAUUCAAAAUUUGGAGUGAAGAUCGAAUGGAAGUCUGUGAGUUCUGAUGUCAACGUCAGAAGAAAACCAUUGGUUGAUUUAAGUAACAAGCAAACCACAUUCUCAAGGAAUGUUAAGCAUGAUGGCUCCAAAUCAAUGAUUUCUGUGGAUCCAGGUUCUAGGACUGUGAAUAUCUCAAGAAGAUGUUCACUGGGGAGAAUGAGUAUAAAUCAUAGAGUUGGUAACUCUCAAGCUACAAGGAAAGGUGUUAAAGACUUAAUUUCCUUUUACAAUGCUCUAAGGAUCAACACUAAGAAUCUUGACAAUGAAUCUGCCAUUAAUAACAAAAGGACGACAAAGAAUUCAGUUGGAUCAGUGAGGAAGUCUCUACCAGUCUUAGUUACAACGAACCAAGCAGAUUCUUGUUAUACAAAGGUUGAUGUAAACUUAUUGUAUGCAGUAUUUUUUAACACAAUUAGAAAAGAGAAAAAGACUGGCAACCACUAUAACAAUGAAGAAGGCCCAAAGCAAGUUAAAAGAAAUAAGGGGUUGUCUGGUAAGGCUAAAAUGAAUAAGCAUGUAGUAACACAAGUGAGCACUUGUAGGCGCUACCUUCAGAGGAAUAGAGCGAGUGAUGGCUUCAUAAAAAUGGCUGCCAAGGAUCAAACUAAUGUGAAUGCUCAUUGUUGGUCUAAGAAGGUUAUCAAGCCCAUAAUAAAGACUUCAAUCAGUGUGUCCAAUGCUAAUAGGUCUUCAAGAUCUAAGCGCACAUCAGCUACAGGCAAAUCCAUUUCGAUUGCUGGAAUCUCUUCUAUGAAAAAGAAGGAAUCUCUGAAAUCUUCUCUUCUGGAACACAUUCCUGUAGUGAUUUUUCAUGAAGCCAUUCAAGAACGGCCAUCUGACAGGAACAACGCGUUAAUUACAAAGAAAUUUAAUCCAAUUGUUCAGAGAAAAUUUGAUCGUAGGAGAUCUUAUACAUCUUCAUUAAUGGCAAAAUCAAAGUUAUUGGUGGAAUAUGGUGAAGUUGUCAAGCAGGAAAAUGUUCCAUGCAUAGAUGAUAACUGUAAUCAACUGGAAGUUGCUGAAUACGUUGAUGAAAUCUAUCACUUUUAUUGGGUGUCAGAGACACAUAACUUGUCUCUAGCAAAUUACAUGUUAAUUCAGACAGAAAUUACUCCUCAAAUGCGGGGCAUAUUGAUCAACUGGCUUAUUGAAGUACAUUUUAAAUUUGAGUUAAUGCCAGAAACACUUUAUCUCAUGGUCACACUGUUAGAUCAAUAUCUAUGUCAAGUCCAAAUUAAGAAGAAUGAAAUGCAGUUGGUUGGUCUUACAGCACUGUUGUUGGCAUCAAAAUAUGAGGACUUCUGGCAUCCUAGGAUAAAAGAUUUACUUAGCAUCUCAGCUGAGUUAUAUACGAGAGAUCAAAUGCUUCUCAUGGAAAAGCUUAUUCUGAAGAAAUUGAAGUUUCGUCUAAAUGCACCGACUCCAUAUGUCUUUAUGUUAAGGUUUCUCAAGGCUGCUCAAUCUGACCUGAAGCUUGAACAUUUGGCAUUCUAUCUCCUUGAGCUCUGCUUGGUUGAAUAUGAAGCUUUGAACUUCAAGCCUUCUAUGCUAUGUGCAUCUGCUAUAUAUGUUGCUCGGUCUACAUUGCUAUUAGCUCCAGCUUGGACUCCUCUGCUUGCCAAACAUGCACGCUUUGAGGUCUCCCAAAUCAGGGACUGUGCAGAAAUGAUAUUAGGAUUUCAAAAAGCUGCAAGGAUUUCGCGUUUGAAAGUAACAUACGAGAAGUACAUGAGUCCUGAUCUCAGUAGUGUUGCCGCAUUAAAGCCUUUGGACAAACUUCCUCUUUGAUUUGAACGUGUGGAUACAUAUUUCAAUUAUGUAAAAGCAUUACGGUAUGUGAAACAGGUAAAUCUUUUCCUCUCGUGCGUGGUGUUUUUAUAAAUUAUAGGCACCCAUCGAACUGAGCAUUCCAUGGUGCUCAAUGUUUUGCAGGAACUUUUAACUAAUCUACUAUAGUUAUGCUGUGUGGUUCCAAUCCUUGAUCUUACUAAUCUACUAUAGUUAAUUUUUUAUUACUGGAAAUCAGCAAGUGUUAGAUUUCUGCUGCUGCUUAUGUGUUUGUGGUUUUUACUAGAAAGCCAAUGAGUGAUAAAUUUCAGUUCAUCUGAAGGGUAUAGGACAGUUGUGAAUUUUAUGUGUUGAUAUGUGACGACACGUCCUUGUCUUUCUAUACGUAACGCAUUCAUGAAUUAAAACCUGAGAGAAAACUUCCAACUUAGUUUAGUUGGCAAGUGUGUAUUUGUAUAUUUGUGUGUAUAUAAUUUGGGUGAGACGAGGUAUCAUUUUUUUUUC